AUUUGAAAUACAUUUUCAAUGCAAUGUUAUUUAAAUUGAAUUUUAAAAUCACAAUAUUUGGAAUCUAUUUGAAUAGAAAUGAAGAGUUCUUCGGCCAAAACCGGGCCAAAACCAAUUACGGGUGGCUUCAGUGGUCACUCCACUAAACUAUCACUUGCGGCUCAGUUUGACGACAUGUGUCGCUCCGGCAAUGGUCUCAUUCUGGAUUCACAGGAACAAAAUCUAAUGAACCAAAUGCUACCAAAAUGGCAAGAAAUGACCCAAGAGUUGGUCACAACGAGACAGCAAUUGGAUAAAAUGUUGGCCGAAAAUCAAGAGCUGCGGUCGAGUGUCAAACUACUGGCCGCUGAUCACCGGCGAGAGCGGUGUCGACGGAAGCGCUACGAGAGACAGGUGUCUGAGUGGCGGAACAAAUGUCUUUCAAUGAAAUCCAUUGCUUUCAAUAAUGUUGAACGCAAUCUAGAAUUGGAAGAACUCUUCGCUGAAUUGGAUCUGUCGUCGAGUGGACACCAAUCCGAUUAUGAGACGGCCUAUGAAGAGGACAGCGAUGACAACGACGACAAUCUGACGUUCACUGUGGAGGACAGUCGUGUGGACAGCCUUAUGGACAGUUGUACGGACGACACGAUUGACAUGUCUUUGCCCGAGUAUAUGGAGUACAGGAGUUCCCGAUCGCUGGCGUCGGGAAGUCUCCAGAAAUAAGUGCAUAAAUAAUGGCAUACAUUAUAAAGUGCUCA